AUGCAUCAGACUUUCAAUAUUCAUGCCACAAGAAACAUACCCGCAGGCGAGGAAGUCAGCAUCAACUACCUUCCCGAGCACGGCCAGUUGCGGGAUCAACGCGUCGCGAAGCUCGAGGAAGGCUAUGGGUUUACGUGCAACUGCCCUGCUUGCAACAUCGACACAAAGGAAGGACAGCAAGUAGAGAAGAGGCGGAAGGACAUGCAAAACAGUAUGAAGAAGACCAAAGCGUUGUUCGCGGACAGUACGAGUGCGACAGAAACGGCCAAUGCGGGAUACGGCGCAGAUGGCAUGCAGGAAAGACUUCCCAACGCACUUUCGGAUGAGGAACAGCAGCAGAUAGAUGCACUGAGAAUGAUGCCCGAGAAGGAUCGCCAGACUCGGCUCCGAGACCGCGAGCUCGAGGUCCUCAACGCAAUGAUUGCUAUGUACCAGGCGGAAGGCAUAGUUGGACGCGAAGUGGCGAGUAUGUACUACUGUAUUGCAAGACUGCAGCAGAGCACCGGUUCUUAUGAUGCAGCGGUGGCUACCGCAGAUGCGGGAUUAAAGCUUGAAAAGGCUUGCCUAGGGACGGAUCAUCCGGCAUAUCUCGAAGCGCUGUCCUUUGUUGAAGGUAUCUCAAAAAUGUCGCUAGCUUCCACUCGAUAUCAAUCCGGAGUGCUUGCUGCGGUUGAAUGCGAUCAUUCGCAAGAGACAGACACGGCCACCCGCAACGGAACGAAGCUGGAUGGUACGAUCGCUGCGGGAGAGAAAUCCUGCGAAGCGAUAGAUGGAUCGAGAUAA